AUGUACGGAGAUGGGGGAACACCUAUGUAUCGAAUCAUCGAAUCCUCCCCAGGGCCCAACACCAUUACUUCUCCCAUGAUAGAUGGGCUUCGGGCUCCGUACUUGGCCGUAGGAGGUAUGGACCUCAAGCUUAGCACGUAA